AUGGCAGAGCCAGGAGGCAACCAGCGUGAGCGAUCGCGAUCCCGAUCCCGGUCUCGAGGGCGCGGUGAGCAACCUAUAGGCCAAGCAGACCCCUCGACAGCUGCAGAUGUCGGCACAACGAGCCUGAACGCCGGAGCUGCUGGUUCCCAAGCAUCGUUGCCCAACCCAGGUCCAGCACAAAAUCCGGACCCAGCCAUGUUCGACACGGGCCUUGCACUUCGAUUUAGGGUCCUUACCCAGCCAUAUCAAAGGCAGACCCAAUAUCCGCAGUGGAUGGAUCCUGACCUCUUGCGGCCGACAACGUGGAAUGACAGACCAACUUACAUCAAACCCGAGGCMACAUGGGCGACAUACAACCCGGGCGAUGUAAUCUCCAGCCCCUGGCACCUUCCAAAUCUGGACGGUAGCUUGAAACGAGACGACCGGCUACUCACCGAGACUGGCGUUCCCAGCGGAUACCUAAUCGGUAACCUAACAACCAAAUGUUGGAUAUAUUCCAAGCCGCGGAUGUUUGUUGUGCUCUACAAACACAGCAGGUCGAUGACCUGCCUUCCGAUCUACAGUAAUAGGAACCAAGGCUUCAGCAAAAUCGAUCUCAACCGCUGGGGCGAGUACGUGUGUAUUCGAGACUUGCAUAAUCCGAACAUCAAUUCGCGGGGACAUUAUCCCGCUGUCGAUUUUGUACACCUYAGUGGCAACCCUCGUGACGCACUCUUACCAACUAGCACCAUCCACCUGACCGCUAGCACUUCCAUAUCCUGGGAAGAGGAACGCAUCAGGCAGAUAGGCCGCGUCACACGAAUGGGUUUCCAAAGGCUGUUCAACGCCUACAAUAACGCCAUCUCGGAUGCAUAUAAUCAGAUAGAUGUGACGUCAAUGCCUUCCAUCCCCGACUGGGAAUCGCCCCGGUCACGCGAUUAUCGAUUGCGAGGCGAUGGGAUCUAUUGA